GCUAAGCCCUGGAGCUCUGGAGCCACAUUGGGGGGACUGAAGGCAUCGCCGUCCGCAAGUCCCCAACCUCACCGGGGUUUCUGUUUUAUUUCUUCCUGGGCACAAAAGCGGGGAGGCCGACAUCCACCGGGUCUCCCCAUGCCCCCUUCGCCACCCUCGUCCCCUUGGCCUCAGCUCCACAAGGAUCUCCUUUCUGCCAUUCCAAUGCAAGUGGCCUGUUUCGCUCAAGUUUAAACAAGACUCCAGACCAUCAAGAUGGAUUACAGCUCUUACAGUGGGGUGCCAAGGUUCUUGACCAGGCCAAAGGCCUUUGCGGUGUCCAUGGGGAAAGAUGCCACCUUGAGCUGCCAGAUCAUGGGAAAUCCCAUCCCGAUGGUGAGCUGGGAGAAGGACAAGUUUCCCAUCCAGACCGGAGGGAGAUUUAAGAUGGUGGAAGACGGGGAUCUGUAUCGUUUGACCAUUUAUGACUUGAACUUGGAGGACAGUGGCCAGUACAUCUGCAGGGCCAAGAACACCAUCGGGGAGGCCUUUGCCGCAGUCAGCAUCAAGGUUGGGGAGCAGACGACGGUGACGGAACAGGCGCCGUACUUCAUCCAGAAGCCAACCUCCAUCCGAGUGAUCAUGGGAGAAGACGCCAUGUUCAAGUGCAUUGUCCAGGGUAGUCCUCCUCUUUCUGUGAACUGGGAGAAGGAUGGGAGGAACUUGGGUGGCAGGUCGGAAUCCAACCGCAUCCAGAUUCAAUCCCAGGGCGAGAAAAACGCCCUCAAGAUCCAAAGCACUCGGUUGGACGACACCGGGACGUACACUUGCCGUGCUGCAAACCCUCUCGGAGCCACCAGUGCCGCAGCUUCAUUGGUGGUUGAUACAGCAGAUUCUUACAGCCCGGGCGGCACCCGGCAUGCCAUAGACGUGGGCAACAGCAAGACGUCCCCGUUGCUGACCCACUUGCAAAAAAGACGGGAGGAAAUCCGGAAGACGGACUUUUCCAGCACCGACUCCAUCAUCUCCUCAGCUUACUCCUCCACUGAAGGACGGUCCAAACUGGGCCUGAACCUCUCCCUUGACUAUGAGAGGGCGGCCAGCUUGACUGCCAAAGGCCUCCGGGGUGACGGAGGGUCGUAUUAUGGGGUGACCACGCGGACCUUCACCGUCACGGAGGGAAAACACGCCAAGAUGAGCUGUUACGUGACGGGAGAACCCAAGCCGGAGAUCGUUUGGAAGAAGGAUGGCGAAGUCAUCCUGGAAGGUCGAAGGCACAUCAUCUAUGAAGACGAACAGGAGAACUUUGUGCUGAAGAUCCUCUUCUGCAAGCAGGUGGACAAUGGUCUCUACACCUGUACGGCUUCCAACUUGGCUGGGCAGACAUACAGCUCUGUUCUGGUCACAGUCAAGGAACCAAGAAUCCCAUUCAAGACAAAGCUACGAGAUCUGGAAGUGCGGGAGAAGGAGUCGGCGAUCUUCCAGUGCGAGGUUCCUGCUGCCACCACCGAAACCACCUGGUUCAAAGAGGAGACGAAACUUCAGCAGAGCAACAAGUACAACAUCGAAGAAGAAGGGACGCAUCGGAAGCUCACGGUUCAAAACGUUACCAUGGAUGAUGACGCCGUCUACAUUUGUGAAAUGAAAGAAGGGAGCAGGACCAUUGCAGAACUUAGUGUCCAAGGGAAUAUUAUCAAGAAGCUUCCAAGGAAGACUGCAGUCAGUGUGAACGACACGGCCAUAUUCUGCGUGGAGCUAGAAAACAAGUGCCAGAAGUCCCGGUGGCUGAAGGAUAAGGAAGAACUCAAGUCCAAUAGCAGGAUUUCUUUCACCGCAUCCAAGAAGGAGCACAGCAUGAUCAUCCGAGAUUGCAAAAUGGAAGACGCCGGAGAGAUCGUGUUUGUGGCCGACGACUGCCGAACAUCCACCCAGUUUACAGUUUCUGCCCCAAAGAAGCCUCCAUCUCAUCCUCCUCUGGACCCGGUGGUGAAAAAUAAAACAGAAACCUCAGUGACGUUGGCCUGGUCCCCUCCGAAGAUGGAGCGGCCCAUCCCCAUUGACGGAUACCUGGUGGAACGCAAGAAAAUGACCGGGUUCACCUGGCUGAAAUGCCACGACUCUCCAAUUCCCGAAACCGAGUUCACCCUGAGCAACCCUCCUGAAGAGGCGGAUUACUUCUUCCGAGUGUCAGCGGUGAACAGCUAUGGGCAGAGCGACUCCCUUGAAUUCCCAGGAACGCUGCAUCUUGAACCAGUGUUGGCCGUGAGAAGUCCGUUGAGAAACGCAGAAGUGAACCCGGGCCGGGAUGCGACUUUUACUGUUGACCUCACUAACACUUGCUCUGGAUCGUGGUUUAUUAACGGCAAUCCGGUUCAGAAUAGUGACAAGUACAUCAUUACAAGAACCAAAACCACGCACAGCCUCAUUGUCAAGCGAGUCACAAGCGCCUUCAAAGAGGCCGAGGUGAAAUUCGUCACCAAUAACAACAUUGAAAGCACGGCUAAGAUAAAGCUGAAAGAUGAAGUGGCCAACUUUGCCAAUGACUCAGUCCCUGGGAUUUCUGUCAAACUCUCGGAGAAGUUUGAGCUGGUCUGCGAGGUCUCCUCCAUCACGGAGGGCGUCAUCUGGAAGAAAGGCAAGAAAGACAUUAAGCCGGACCAGAGAGUCACCUUCGCCGCUGAAGGAUUGCAGCGGAAGCUCGUUGUCAAAAGCGCAGUGAAGCAAGACGAAGGGAUCUACUCCUGCGAAACAAUGAGCGACAAAUUAACAUUCCAAGUUGAAGUCAAAGAGCCUGAAGACGUGUUUGCCAACAAGGAGAAGGUACAGAAAGAGGUCAAGGUGGUUCUGUCUGAGAACGCGUGCCUUUCCUGUGAAAUGUCCCAGGCCGACACAGAACUUCGGUGGUACAAGGAUGGGAGACAGAUCAGGUCCAGCCAGAAGUUCAAGAUCGAAUCCGAAGGCAAAUCCCGGAGGCUGAUUGUACAGCAAGUGGAGAGAAAGGAUGCAGGAGAAUACACCUGCGAAGCCGCUGGCCAGCCGUUGACUUUUACCCUCAUUGCAACAAGUCCGAAAGUCGUCGAGGCCGAGGAGAUGUUCGUCAACAAAGAGAAGAUACAGAAGGAGGUCAAGACUUCCCUCUCGGAGAAUGCGACUCUCAGCUGCGAAGUCUCCCAGACCAAGACAGAAGUCAAGUGGUUCAAGGAGGGAAAGCUCAUCACCUCCAGCAAGAAGUUCAAGGUAGAAACCGAAGGCAGAUCCCGGCAGCUGAUUGUCCAACAGGUAGAGAAGAAGGAUGCUGGGGAAUACACCUGUGAAGCCGCAGGACAGAAACUAACCUUCAAAGUCAUGGUAGAAGAACCUGAGGACGUGUUUGUCAACAAAGAGAAAGUACAGAAAGAGGUCAAGGCUGUCUCUUCAAAGGAUGCUAUCCUCAGCUGUGAGGUUUCCCAGGCCAAGUCAGAAGUGAAGUGGUUCAAGGAUGGGAAACCCCUCACCCCUGGAAAGAAGCUCAAAAUAGAAGAUGAAGGCAAAUCCCGGCGGCUGAUUGUACAAGCAACGGACAAAAAAGACGCGGGCGAAUACACCUGUGAAGUUGGCAACCAGAAACUGACCUUCAAGGUCACUGUAGCAGAUGCAGAAGUGGAGGAGAUCUUUGCCAACAAGGAGAAGGUCAUCAAAGAAGUCAAGGCAACCCUUUCAGAAAACACCUCCUUCAGCUGUGAGGUGGCUCAGGACAAAACAGAUGUGAAAUGGUUUAAGGAUGGGAAGGUGAUCACUGCCAGCAACAAAUUCAAGAUGGAAACUGAAGGUAAAAAUCGGAAGCUGGUGGUACAGCAGGUGGAGAAGAAGGAUGCAGGAGAAUAUACCUGUGAAGCUGGUGGACAGAAACAGGCCUUCAAACUCACUGUAUCAGAAGCCGAGGAUGCGUUCGUCAACAAGGAGAAGGUCCAGAAAGAGGUCAAGGUUGUCACCUCAAAGGAAGCCACACUGAGUUGUGAAGUAGCCCAAGCUAAGACGGAAGUGAAGUGGUUCAAGGAUGGGAAACUCAUCACAUCUAGCAAGAAACACAAGGUGGAAGCUGAAGGCAAAUCUCGGAGGUUGAUUGUACAAGCAACAGAUAAAAAAGAUGUUGGAGAAUAUACCUGCGAAGCUGGCAGCCAGAAACUAAUAUUCAAGGUCACGGUAGCUGAUGAAAAAGUUGCAGAAGUUGAGGAAAUAUUUGCCAACAAAGAGAAGAUACAGAAAGAGAUAAAGGCUGCGUCUUCAGAAAACGCUACUCUCAGCUGUGAAGUGGCCCAGGCCAAAGCAGAAGUGAAGUGGUUCAAGGAUGGGAAACUCAUCACCGCCAGCAAGAAAUUCAAGGUAGAGUCUGAAGGCAAAUCCCGGCGACUGAUUGUCCAACAGGUAGAGAAGAAGGAUGCUGGGGAAUACACCUGUGAAGCUGCAGGACAGAAACUGGCCUUCAAAGUCAUCAUUACAGAAGCUGAGGAGGUGUUUACCCACAAAGAGAUGGUCCAAAAAGAGAUCCAGGCUGUCUUUUCAAAGGAUGUCACCUUCAGCUGCGAAGUGGCCCAGGCCAAGACGGAAGUCAAGUGGUUCAAAGAUGGGAAGCUCAUCACUUCUAGCAAGAAACACAAGGUAGAGGCUGAAGGCAAAUCCCGGCGGUUGAUUGUACAAGCAGCAGAGAAAAAGGAUGUGGGCGAGUACACCUGUGAAGCUGGCAACCAGAAACUGACUUUCAAACUUAAUGUCACAGAGCCUGUAGAGAUCUUUGCUAAUAAGGAGAAGGUGCAGAAAGAGGUCAAAGCUCUUGUGAAAGAGGAGACCGUUUUGUCCUGUGAGGUGGCCAACUCUGAUACGGAAGUGAAGUGGUACAAAGACGGGAAGCUCCUCAGCUCCAACAAAAAAGUCAAGAUGGAGUCCAAGGGCACCUCUCGAAAACUGGUCCUGGAACAAGUAGAGAAGAAGGAUGCUGGGGCCUACACUUGUGAAGCUGCCGGGCAGAAGCUGACCUUCAAGGUUGAAGCAGUUGAACCUGAGGCUAAAUUCCAAAGAAAACCUGCCCUGGAAGAAAAAAUUGUUGUCCAGGAACAAAAAAGUGUGGUCCUGUCAACUUCUGUGGUGCCUGAUAAUGUCGAGGUCAAAUGGUUCAAGGAUGGGAUUGAAAUCAAGGACAACAAGAAGUACGAGAUGAAAAAAGACGGAGCCUCCCGGACCCUGACUGUGAAGCAGGCUGAUGUCAAGGAUAUUGGUGUUUACACCUGCGAGACCAAGAGUGACAAGCAGCAGUUCCAAGUUCAGGUCCAAGAAGUCCCAGUCAAAUUUGCCAAGAAGCUAGAGCCAGUUAAAGCGGAGAUUGGCGGGAGCUUGACUCUGAGCUGUGAGCUCAGCCAGACGAAGGGCGACGUUGUCUGGCGCAAGGAUGGAGUGGAGCUCAAAGCGGACAAGCGUUGCCAGAUGCGUGAGAUCGGCGAAAAGCGUGUUUUGACCAUUGCAGGGCUCCGGGCAGAAGAUAAAGGAAGCUACUGCUGCGAAACCAAAGAUGAUAAGUGCAGCAUUCAGGUCACCCCCAUAGUGCCCAGAGUGGUGAAGUUUGUCAAAGGCCUCCACAAUAUAGUCGGUGAAGAAGGCAAGGAAGCCUUCUUCAAAUGUGUUGUUUCCCCCAAUGAUGCAGCCGUCACAUGGAGCUGCAAUGGAAACAAAAUUGAAGCCAGCAAGAAAUACAACAUUUUCCAGAAGGACUCAAACCACAGCCUCACUAUCACUGACCUGAGCCUGGAAGAUUCUGGCGAAAUCACGGCAGAUGCAGAAGGGGUGCAGAGCAAGGCCAACCUCAAGGUUGAAGAAGCCCCAGCCUUGUUCGUGAAAAAACUGGAAGCCAAAACGGUGGAGGAGAAGGAGACAGUGACGCUAGAAGUAGAGCUCUCAAAAGCCACCACGGAGGUGAAGUGGGUGAAGAAUGGCAGUCUGCUCCAUUCAGAUGCCAACAUGGAGAUCAAGGCCGAGGGGACAAAGCACAGCCUCGUGAUCAAGAGUGCUGCCUGCGGGGACCGUGGUUUUUAUGCCUGUGAGACCCUCCAUGACAAGACCCAGGCAAAACUAACUGUGGAAAUGAGGCCCAUCAAGGUGGUGAAGGGCUUGCAACCCAUGGAUGUCCACGAAAAAGAAGCCGUCACUUUUGAGGUGGAGUUGUCCCAUGAAAAUGUGGAAGGGACCUGGAUGAAGGACGGCUUGAGGCUGAAGCCCAAGGAGAACUGCCUCAUUAGCGCCAAAGGGAAGAAGCAUUCGCUGACCCUCUCCAAACUGGCCAUGGAGGAUUCGGGUCUCAUCGCCUUCAAGGCGGAAGGGGUUCACACCACAGGAAGACUUAACGUCAAAGAAAGUCCAGUGAAAAUAAUCAAACCCCUGGUAGAUCUCAAAGCUCAGCACAAGGAUGAAGUCACCUUUGAGUGUGAACUGUCCAGGGCUAAUGCAGAAGUGAAGUGGCGUAAGGAUGGAGUUGAGCUGAGGCCAAAUAAAAGAAUCGUAAUGGGGGCCCGGGGGACAAAGAGAAGCCUCACCAUUCACAAAUGUGAAUACGAAGACCGAGGGAAAUAUAUGUGCGAUGCCGAUGAUGACAAGAGCAUUGCUGACUUGGAGAUCCAAGCCCGAGACAUCAAGAUCGUGAAGCCACUUGAAGACUUGGAAGUGAGCGAGAAAGAGAGUGCGUCAUUCCUUUGUGAGAUUUCACACGAUGAGGUGGAAACACAGUGGUUCAGCAACGAACACAAAAUCCGGGCAGGGGACAACAUCAAGCUGCGUCAAGAUGGAAAGAGCUACCAGCUUGUCUACAGAAGUGUGGAAGUGGAGGACUCUGCGGAGAUCAAAUUUGUUGCCGAAACAGCAGAAUCCCGAGCAAAACUUAAAGUGAAAGAACUGCCCGUAAGGUUUGUGAAACCCCUCCGGGUGAGAAUCGCUAUUGAGAAGCACCGGGGCUUUCUGGAGUGCCAAGUAUCUCGGGCCAACGCUGAGGUCAAAUGGUACAAGGAUAACAAGGAGAUCCAUCCGGGCCAGAAGUACGAGAUGGUGAGCGACGGGGUCUACAGGAAGCUCCUCAUCAACGAGGCGGAGUUUGAAGAUGAGGGCAUCUAUACCUGUGAUGCCAUCGACGAGAAGAGCAGUGCUCAGUUCUACGUGGAAGAGCAAUCCAUUAAUAUUGUGAAGGAGCUGAAAGACGUUGAGGUGAUUGAGCCGGCAGAAGCCAGGUUUGAGUGUGAAAUCUCCAUUCAGUCGGUGAAGCCCCCCAAGUGGUCCUUACGCGGGGAGGUCCUCCAAGCCAGCAAGGACAUUUUGAUAGAGCAAGAAGGGAAGAUCCAUCGCCUGAUCUUGAGGAAAACUGACGUGGACAUGACCGGCACCAUCCAGCUUGCCAUUGGCAAAUCCAAGUCCUCAGCCAACCUGGUUGUGAAAGAUCUCCAAGUGACCAUUACCCGGCAGCUGGAAGACAAAGUGGUGAUGGAAACCCACUCGGUGGUCCUCUCUUGUGACUUCAAGCCUUCCCCAAAGACGGUGGAGUGGUACAGAGACCAUACCCUCAUCGAGGCCUCCGAGAGGUUCAAGAUCAAGAGGGAGAAAUACUCGGCGGAGCUCAAAAUCCUGAAGCUGAAUGUCGGCGAUUCCGGUGUCUACAAAUGCAAAGCUGGAAGCACGGAAACCAAAGCUACGCUGACCGUUUUAGAGCGCAAGGUGGAGAUCACCAAACAUCUGCAGGACGUGGAGACUGAGGAGGAGAGCUGUGCGGCCUUCUCCUGCGAACUGUCUGAAGACAGUGAUGAUGUGGAAUGGUUCCUCAACGACACACAUCUCUUCCCCAACAACUUCAAUGAGAUCAAGAGCCUGGGCAAGGUUCACAGCCUGACACUAAAACAUGUCAUGCCAGAAGACUCCGGGAUGGUGACCAUCAAGGUGAACAAGAAGGUCACAGAGAGCGCACGGCUCAAGGUGAAAGAGAAGCCUGCUGUCUUCAUGAAAUCCUUGGAUGAUGUGGUUGGAGAAGAGCGGGGCACCAUCACCCUGGAAUGUGAGGUCUCCAAGACAAAGGUCAAACCCAUCUGGAAGAAGGAAGGCCUGGAGCUCACACCGGGAGAAAAAUACGAGAUGCUCCAGGCGGGGAAGACGUUGGGUCUCGUCAUCCAUGACCUCAGCAAGAGUGACGCCGGCCUCUAUACCUGUGACCUCGGCACAGAAGUUGCCAAGUCUAAGGUCAACAUCCAAGAGCUGAACGUUGGCAUCACGAAACGCUUAAAGAACACCGAAGUGCUGGAAGGAGAGAGCUGCACCUUUGAAUGUGUCCUCUCCCACGAGAGCGUGGAGGAUUGUCAUUGGCUGCUCAAUGGGACUGAAGUGGGCCACGAAGGACGAUUUAGGGCCUUCAACAAAGGAAGGAAGUACACCCUCAAUAUCAAAAAAGCCCUGCCUUCUGACGCUGGAGAAGUGGUUUUCUCUGGCCGGGACCUGAACUCGAAGGCCUUGCUGGUUGUGAAAGAAAAGCCAGCGGAAUUUACCAAGAAGCUGGAAGACAAGACCACGGUGGUGGGGCAGGAGGUGAGCCUGAGCUGCGACAUGUCCAAGUGGGACAGCAACGUCAAGUGGUGCAAGGAGGGGAAGGAGAUCCGGAGAAGCCAGAAGUACGACAUCCGGCAGGAGGGGACCCGGGCCAUCUUGAUCAUCCACGAUGCCUCGGUCAAGGACAGUGGGGAAUACACCUGCGAGACAGAAAUCUCCAAAACCAAAGCAAGGCUUACUGUGGAAGAGGCAGGGAAUUGCUUCAUCAAAGAUCUUUCAGACCUGAAGAUAGAAGAAAAUAAGAAAGCCGUUUUUACCUGUGAAACUAAGAAGCCAGCUUCGACUGUGACAUGGAGGAAAGGGAUCACGGAUCUCAAAGCGAGCAAGAAAUGUGAGAUUAGCCAGAAGGGGAAUGUGCUGCAACUCACGGUGAACGACUUGGUGGAAAGUGACAGCGACAUCUACACUUGCGACAUUGGCGACACGCAGUCAAGUGCGAAGCUGGUUGUACAAGCCCUGCCGGUUCUUAUUCAGCAAGAACUGCAAAACAGGGAAGCCAAGGAAGGAAGCAAAGUCCGCUUGAGCUGUGAGCUGAACAAGCCUGACCUGCCAGUUCAGUGGAUGAAAGGCAGCGAAGUCCUGCAAGCCAGCGAUAAGUAUGAACUCAAGCAACGGGGCAGCGUGGCAGAGCUGGUCAUCCGUGAUGCAAAGGCGGCAGAUGCCGGCGAAUAUACAUGUGCUGUUGGAGAGGUCAAGACAUCUGCUCGCGUGGAAGUGAUGGCUGCACCAGUCAUUUUUAAAGAAGAGCUUAGAGAUACGGAAAAAGAAGAGGGGGAGGUUGUAGCUUUGCGUUGUGUCCUGGCCACACCGGAUGUCCCCGUGUCCUGGAAGAAAGGAGCCACUGUCCUUCGGGCCAGUGAGAAGUAUGAGAUGAAGAAGGAAGGCUGUGUUGCUGAACUGAUCAUUCAUGACGUGGAGACAGAAGAUGCCGGGAGAUAUUCUUGUGACACCGGAGAACAGCAGAGCACAGCUCAGGUCAAAGUCCAUGCGACACCUGUCCGUUUCAAAGAAGCCCUGAAGAACACAGAAGCCACGCAAGGCGGAGUAGUGACUCUGCGUUGUGAGCUCAACAAACCUGCUCCGGUUGAGUGGAGGAAAGGGCAGAAAGGCUUGAGGCCCAGCAGCAAAUACAGAAUGAAGAAAGAAGGACCUGUUGUGGAAUUGAUUGUCCAUGAUCUGGACCUGAAGGAUGCCGGAGAUUAUUCAUGUACUGUUGGAGACCAAAAGACAACAGCUGUCUUAACAGUGAAUGCCUUGCCAGCCCAGUUCAAAACACAACUCAAGAACGAGGAAGCCACCGAGAGUGGAACAGCCACUCUGCAAUGUGAGCUGACUAAGGCAGUCGACUCCAUCGAGUGGAUGAAGGAGCAGAAGGUGCUGGAGCCCAGCGACAAGUACAGAAUGAGGCUCGAAGGCCGCUUUGCUGAGCUUACCAUCCAAGACCUGGAACCGGCGGAUGCUGGGAGCUACACUUGUGUGUGCGGAGACCUGAAAACCACCGCUACUUUGAAAGUCAAUGCACUGCCUGUGUUUUUCCAAGAAGAACUAAAAAGCAGUGAAGUUGCGGAGGGCGAGACGGUGACAUUUCACUGCAGGCUGAGCAAAGCCUCUCCUGUGGAGUGGCAGAAGGGGCCAAAGGCACUCAAAGCAGGAGGAAGAUACAAAAUCAGGCAGGAUGGGCCCAAUGCUGAGCUGGUGAUCCACGACUUGGUUGUGGCAGAUGCUGGAGACUACUCUUGCAAAUGUGGAAACCAGAAGACUACUGCUAACUUGACAGUGAAUGUCCUUCCUGUGCUUUUCACCAAACCCUUGAAGGACCAAGAAGCGACCGAAGGGAAAGACGUCACUCUGCAGUGUGAGCUGAACAAAGCCUCUUCCGCCGUGGAAUGGAAGAAAGGCCACAAGACCCUGAAGCCGGGCUCCAAGUACAAAAUGAGGCAGGACGGUGCUGUGGCCGAACUGGUCAUCCAAGGCCUGGACGUCACUGAUUCUGGGAGUUACAGCUGUGUUUGUGGAGGGGAGCAGACCACCGCAUCUUUAGAAGUCAAGGCCCUUCCUGUGCUCUUCAAAGAAGGACUGAAGAACAGGGAAGCGGUGGAAGGCACCACGGCCACCUUGCAUUGUGAGAUGACCCGAGCGGGAGCUGAAGUGGAGUGGAGGAAGGGGACCCAGGCCCUCAAGCCCAGCAACAAAUACCGGAUGAGGCAGGAAGGAGCGGCGGCCGAAUUGCUGAUCCGAGACCUGCAGGCGGAGGACACGGGAGAGUUUGCCUGCCUCUGCGGAGACCAGAAGACAACCGCCGUCUUGACCGUUCAUGCCGUACCCGCACAUUUCCAAGAAGAGCUCAAAAGCAAAGAAGCGACCGAAGGGGAGACGGCCGUUCUCCGCUGCGAACUCAACAAGGUUUCCUCGGUGGAGUGGAGGAAGGCCGGGCAGCCGCUCAAGACGGAUGACAGACACAAGAUCAAGCAGAAGGAUCGCGUGGCUGAGCUGGCCAUCCACAAUGUCACCGAGCAGGAUGCCGGAGACUAUUCCUGCAUUUGCGGUGAUCAGAAGACGUCUGCGUCUCUGACGGUGCAUGCUCUGCCUCCACGAUUCAAAACAGAGCUGAGGAACCUGGAAGCUGCAGAAGGUGGGACGGCAACUUUGCAUUGUGAACUGACCAAAGUGGCCGCUCCCGUGGAGUGGAAGAAGGGCAGCGAGGUGCUCCAGCCAAGUGCCAAAUACGAAAUGAAGCUGGAAGGAGUUGUUGCUGAGCUUGUCGUUCAUGAUCUGGAACUGACUGAUGGUGGAGAGUACAGUUGCAUGUUCGGUGGCCAGAAGACCUCUGCUUCCUUGAAAGUCAAUGCCCUCCCUGCCCAGUUCAAGAAAGGCCUGGAGAACCAAGAAGCCCUGGAAGAUAGGACAGCCACUUUCCAGUGUGAACUGACAAAACCAUCUCCCGUGGAGUGGAAGAAGAAGCAUAAGUUACUCAAACCGAGUGACAAAUACAAGAUGAGGCAGGAAGGCAUCCUCUCAGAGCUUGUGAUCUCCAGCCUGGAACCGAAAGAUGCCGGAGACUAUUGCUGUGUUUGUGGGGAUCAGAAGACUUCUGCUGCUCUGACAGUGCAUGCCGUACCUGCAUUUUUCAAAGAAGAAUUAAAAAGUACUGAGGCCACAGAAGGGGAGACGGCUACCAUGCGUUGCAAACUCAGCAAAGAGUCCACAGUGCAAUGGAAGAAAGGGGACCAAUCUCUGAAACCUAAUGAAAAAUACAUCAUGAGACAGAAGGACACCGUGGUGGAACUAGUGAUCCAGAACCUAGAAGAGGAGGACGCUGGAGAUUAUGCUUGCGUUUGUGGCAACGAACAAACAGCAGCUGCUUUAGCCGUACAUGUUCUGCCGGCCAGUUUUGAAGAACAUCUAAAGAGUGAGGAAGUGAUGGAAAGUGGAGUUGCUAUCCUGAGCUGCAAAUUGACUAAGGCCGCUCCAGUAGAGUGGAUGAAGGGGCCGCAUUUGCUCAGGAAAAGCGAGAAAUACCAAAUGAGGCAGGAGGGCAGCUUUGUUAAGCUGGUGAUCCAGGAUAUGAAAUUGGAAGAUGCUGCUGAAUACACUUGCCUCUGUGGAGAUGAGAAGACAACAUCUUUCUUGACAGUUCAUGCUUUGCCAGCACGCUUCAAAUGCAACCUGAAGAACAUGGAUGCCACAGAAGGUGGUGUAGCCACACUCUGUUGUGAGUUGACUCGGGUUGCACUAGUACAAUGGAAGAAGGAGCAUCAAGUGCUCCAAGCAGGUGAAAAAUACGUCAUGAAACAAGAUGGCACCAGUGUUGAGCUGGUGAUCCACCAACUCAAUCUUCAGGAUACUGGAAGCUACACCUGUACAUGUGGAGAUGAACAAACCACAGCUUCUUUGAGAGUCAAUGCCCUCCCACCACAGUUCAAAACGGACCUGAAGGACAAGGAAGCCACGGAAAACGGAUCGGCCACGCUGCACUGUGAACUCACCAAGGAUGCUCCGGUGGAGUGGAGGAAGGAGGAAAAAAAGAUAGAAGAAAGCAGCAAAUACCAUAUGAGACAAGAAGGCAACAGUGUAGAAUUGACGAUCCGUGAAUUAGACAUUCAGGAUGCUGGGCGUUACAGCUGUGUUUGUGGAGAGAAGAAAACCACCGCCGUUCUAACCGUUCAUGCCCUGAAGCCUGAAUUCAAGCAACCGCUGAAGAACGAAAAAGCAGAAGAAGGAGGCACAGCCAAGUUCCGAUGCGACUUAACCGUCCUAAAGGCCCCGGUAGAGUGGAAGAAAGACGGCGUGGCCCUUCAUCCUGGCCACAAAUACGAAAUGAGGCAAGAAGGGACCAGAUGUGAGCUGCUUAUUUGUGACGUGGAGCCCAAAGACCGUGGAGAGUAUUCUUGCAUUACAGGAGACCAGACCACCUCGGCAACAUUAACCGUGAAGGAGUUGGACAUCACCAUCACCAAAGGCCUGAAGAACGUUGAGGUGUUUGAGGACGAAGAUGUGGCCUUUGAGUGCAAGGUCUCUCACGACAACGCGAGGGACGUGGAGUGGAAGCUUCAGGAGGCCUCUCUCCAGAGCAAUGAAAUGAACGAGAUCUCAGUUGAGAAAGGCAGGAUCCAUACGCUGAGGCUGAAGAAGGUCACCCAACAAGAUUCCGGCACUGUCACUUUCCGGGUUGGACCAUACACCUCCACUGCCCAGCUCACGGUGAAAGCUGCGCUUCCUGUAUUUAAAGAGCAGCUGACGAACAAAGAGCUGCAAGAGGAUAGCACGGCCACUCUGAAAUGUGAAGUCUCCCAGCCUGAUGUCUCAGUGACAUGGAAGAAGGGUUCCCAAGUGAUUUCCCCAAGCUCUAAGUAUGACCUCAAGCAGGAAGGAACAAUUCAUACUUUAAAGAUUUACAAUGUUAAACCAGAAGACUCUGGCAAAUACGUCUGUGAUAUCGGAAACCAGAAGACCACAGCAACCAUAACUGUUGAAGCCCUCCCAGCCCUUUUUGAAGCUCAUCUUGAAAACCAGGAGAUCGAAGAAGGCUCCACCGCUACCCUCCGGGCUGUCCUGUCUAAACCCGAUGUCCCUGUGAAGUGGAGCAAAGGAUCCAUCAAGCUGCGGCAGAGCACCAAGUAUGAGAUGAAGCAAAAGGGCUCCACAGUUGAGCUUCUCAUUCAUGAUGCACAACCUGAGGACUCCGGGGACUACACUUGUGACUCAGGUGACCAUCAGACCACAGCAUCGGUGGUCAUCAAAGCUUUGCCGGUGCUUUUUGUUAAGUUUCUGGAGAACCAGGAGGCAGAGGAAGGGGCCUCCGUUACUUUGCGUUGUGAGAUCUCUAAACCGGACGCGACGGUACAAUGGAAAAAGGAAGGCUCGCUCCUCCGUUCCAGUGAUAAGUACAGGAUGAAGCAAGCAGGCGCCGUGGUGGAGCUGACCAUCUCUAAGCUGGAUGUUGCUGAUGCUGGGGAAUAUACCUGCAUCACGCCGGACCACAAGACAGCUGCGGUUCUGCUGGUGAAAGAGCCUCCAGUGACCAUUGUGGAGGCAUUGAAGGACAUCACCUUGUAUGAAGACGAGGACGCAGUGUUUCAGUGCAAAGUCUCCCAGGAAAAGGCGAAGGACGUGGAGUGGACUUUGGCCGGCGCGCCUCUCCAGUCCAACGAAAUGAAUGAGAUUGCGGUGCAAGGGAAGGUCCAUUCGCUCACCCUCCGGAAGGUGGCCCUCGAAGACUCCGGUGCCGUGAGUUUCCGAGUGGGACAGAACUCUUCCGAGGCUCGGCUGACGGUGCAGCCUGCACCAGUAGUCUUUAUAAAGCAACUGGAUAAUAUGGAAGUAGAUGAGAACGGCACGGCCAUCUUCCGCUGUGACCUCUCCAAACUUGGCAUCCGCCCGGAAUGGAAGAAGGAUGCAACCGCCAUCCAGCCCAGCCAGAAGUUUGACAUCAAGGUCGAAGGAACUAAACACACCUUGACCAUUCGCAAUGUGGCCCCUGAAGACGGAGGGGAGUACAGCUGCAGCACAGUGGACAGGAAGACCUCGGCCAGGCUCAAGGUUAAAGCGCUCCCUGUGCUUUUCAAGCGUGGCCUCCAGAACAAGGAGGCGGAGGCCGGGAACACGGUGUCGCUGCGCUGUGAGCUCUCAAAGGCCAUGGCUCCCGUGGCCUGGAAGAAGGGGAAGGUGGCCCUUCAGCCCAGCGACAAGUAUGAGAUCCGGCAAGAAGGAACCUUUGCAGAGCUCCUCAUCUACGACCUGGAAGCGCAAGACGGAGGGGACUACACCUGCGACUCCGGGGACCAGCAGACAACUGCUACCUUGAAGGUUAAAGUCCUGCCAGUGCUCUUUACCAAAGAACUGCAGAACGUGGAAUCUGAAGCCGGUGGAAAAGCCACCUUGCACUGUGAGACCUCCAGACCCGAUGCUCCCAUUGAAUGGAGGAAAGGAUCCGUAGUCCUUCAGCCCGGUGCCAAGCAUGAGAUGCGCCAGAGAGGCACCACCGUUGAGCUGAUCAUUCAUGAUUUGGAGCCUGAGGAUUGUGGGUCCUACACCUGCAGCACUGGAGAUGAGCAGUCCACAUGCUCCGUCUAUGUACAAGAAGAAGAGGAAUUGCAGAUAGUUUCUGCUUUAAAGAACACGGACGUCUUUGCGGGGGAAUCAGCCACCUUGACCUGCGUGCUCUCGCGCCCCAGCGUGCAAAGCGCACAGUGGUGGCUGGACGGGUCUCCCCUCCAGAACAGCCCCCUGAACGAAAUUUCUGUCCAGGAUGGAAAAAUUCACACGCUGACACUGAAGGAUCUGGGGCCUAACGAUUCUGGGAUAGUGACCUUCCGAGCUGGCCCCCUCAAAUCCUCCGCUAAAUUAUUAAUCAAAGAUCCAACCAUUGAGGUGGUCGGCCCCAUGAAGGACCUUACUGUCGACGAGGAUGGCACGGCCGAAUUCAUUUGCCAAUACUCCCGGCCGGUGGAGGCCAAGUGGAUGAAGAACGACCAGGAGAUCCAUGCCGAUGGCCGGCGGAUAACCAUUGAGCAGGACUGGAAUGUGGCCAAGCUUACAAUCCAGCCAGCUCUUCCCACGGACACUGGCAUCUAUUCUUGCGAAGCCGGAGGCACCAAAGUGGUGGCCAUGCUCGAUGUCCAAGCCAAGAACACCAUCAUCCAAGGCCUGGAGAAUGUUGAUGCCAUGGAAGGCGGUGAAGCUCUGUUCGAAUGCUACCUUUCCAAGCCGGAAUGCUACAACUACAACUGGCUGAUCGACGACGAACCAGCCAAAACCUCUGAGAACACUGAGAUGGUUUAUUUCGAAAACGGUCUCCGCCAUCUCCUUCUCUUGAAGAACCUAACUCUGCAAGACAGCUGCAGGGUGACUUUCCAAGCCAGCGAUGUGGUGACGUCGGCCUUCCUGACCGUGAAAGGAUGGCGUCUCGAAUUCUUGCAGCCGUUGACAGACACCACGGUCACUGCUGGGGACCAAGCGGUCUUCACUUGUGUUUUAAGUGAAGCAGUGCCAGUCCAUGAAGUUGCUUGGUACAUUAAUGAUGUGGAUAUCCAACCAGAUGAAACCUGGGCGAUCCAGGCAGAAGGAAAUACGUAUACGCUCAUACUCAAGACAGCCCAACCACAUCAUUCUGGAGAAGUAACCUUUGCUGCGAGGGACGCCAUUGCAUCUGCCAAGAUAUCCAUCAUAGCCCUCCCUGACCCUCCUGAGGAGCCGGAGAUCUUAAGUAAGACCAGCCACUCGGUCACCUUGUCCUGGUUCAAGCCGCUCAACAAUGGGGGCAGUGACAUCCUCGGCUACCAGGUUGAAAGGAAAAGCCCAGGCAGUGACUGGCAGCCAUGCCACACCGGAGUCAUCCCCAGCACAGAGUUUGUGGCGGACGGUCUCACAGCGGGACAGACCUACAGAUUCCGCAUUUCCGCUGUGAGCAAAGCGGGUGCUGGCAAGCCAGUGCAUUUGCCUCAAAGUGUGCAGCUAGUUCCAGAGGCAAUUUCCAUCACUCGGCCAUUGGUGGACAAGUCUGCCAUGGAAGGGGAGAAGACCCGCCUAGAGUGCGAAUUAUCCAGCGAAGCCCAAGAUGUAGCUUGGUUCAAGGGAAAAGAACCGGUCCAGCCAGGAGGGAGAUACGAAAUCAUCUCGGAGGGCAGAAAACAAAGUCUUGUCAUUCAUAAUUUCAAACCUGAAGAUCAAGGGUCCUAUACCUGCAUGGCUUCUCCAGAUGUCAAAACAUCUGCCAGUCUUUCUGCAGAAGUGUCGAUAUUGAAAGCAGUCACCGAGGAAACACCAAAACCUGCAGCUUUGGGAGAAGCGGAAGAUGAGCAGACGCAGCCCAGCUUACCACCUGAAGCUGCUCAAGAAGGUGACCUUCACCUCCUCUGGGAAGCUUUGGCCAAGAAGCGUCGAAUGAGCCGGGAGCCAACCUUGGACUCAAUCAGCGAACUGCCAGAAGAAGAUGACAAACUUCAGAAACGGAAGAAGGAGGAAGCUGAGAUGGGACAGUACUACUCUGAAGACUAUUCCACAUGCGAUGAAUCAGCUAAAGCAGGAGAAGCCGAUUUCUCUCUCACUAGUUCAGAUGAUGAGUCCAGAUCUGGGACACCUUCCCUGAUCACAUAUCUCAAAAAGGCGGGCACAACUGGUGCUAGUAUCACUACCAAAGUCCAGACCAUUUCUACUGAGAAAAUCUAUAAGCAGUGGGAGAAAACAGGCACCGAGGCACCUCCUCAGGCUAAGCCAACUGAACCAGAAGCUAUGGAAGGAGAUCUGGAUGAUCCUUCCAUGGCUCAGGCAGCUGUGAAAAUCCAAGCUGCUUUCAAAGGGUAUAAAGUGAGGAAGGAGAUCAAGCAGCAAGAAUGUCCAGUGUUUGUAGAGACCUUCAAAGACUUCUUUGGUGAACCAGGGGGGAACCUACAUUUUGAAUGUGUGGCCCAAAGCAAGACUGAUAUGAAAGUCCGCUGGCUGAAAGAUGGCAGUGAAAUCUUUGAUGGGCGCCAUUACCACAUUGACAUUUACAGUGAUGGGACCUUUUCCUUGAUCAUCACUGGCCUGGAAAUGGACGAUAUGGGCAAAUACACGUGUGAAGUCUCCAACAAGUUUGGCAGUGUCUCCCACAGUGCCAAGGUGACAGUGAAGCCCCCUCCCCAAGUGCCUGUCCGCAAGCACAAGCCUGCCAAAAAGCUUCCCGAGAGUGAGACAGAGAGCUCCUCCGGCAGUGAGUUGGACGAUGCCUUCCGCAAGGCAGGGAGGAGGCUUCAUAAGCUGUUCAAAUCCAAAAUCUCCACAGAGAUCUCAGACGUGGAGGAGGAACUCUUUGUCAGUGCUGACGAGGGAGAGAUAGAGGUGGUUGACCACCAAACCUACCGUGAAGAUGAAAGAUACAUCUACAUCAAGUUUGAAGUUAUGUUUGAGGCCAAAACAGCUGCAAACCGGUUUAGAGAGAUGUUUGCUGCUAUGGGCAUCCCUGUUGAGAUUGACAUCUUGGAUCAAGGCCCCAAGAAGAUAGAGCUGCGUAUUGGGAAGGCCACCCCACCUGCGCCAGGGCAACUCAAGAGCCUGGUGAAACGGCCACCCCCUCCUUUGCUAACAUCUGAUACUGCUCCUGUUUUCAUAACUGAACUUCAAAACCAAGAGGUGCAAGAUGGUUAUCCGGUCAGUUUUGACUGUGUUGUUAUUGGCAAACCGAUCCCCACUGUCCGGUGGUUCAAGGAUGGGAGAGUCAUUGAAGAGGAUGACCACUACAUGAUUAAUGAAGAUCAAGAAGGCUGUCACCAGCUGAUCAUCACAGCUGUCGUUCCACUUGACAUGGGCGUCUACCGGUGCCUGGCCGAAAACAGCAUGGGUGUCUCUUCAACAAAAGCUGAGCUACGAGUGGACUUAACCAGCACAGAUUAUGAUACAGCAGCAACAGAGACCUCAUCCUAUUACAGUGCCAAAGGGUACCUCUCCAGCCGAGAACAAGAAGGAGUGGAAUCCAUGACGGAAGAGGAACAGUUGCCACAAAUCCUGGAUGAACUUCAUGACAUCCAUGUAGCUCCUGGAGCUCUCUUUGCCAAAUUCCACCUGAAGGUUAAAGGUUACCCAGAACCUCGGCUCUACUGGUUCAAAGACGGCCAGCCAUUGCAUGUGUCGCAACGACUGCUGAAGACCGACAAGAGGGAGUUUCAUUCUCUUGAAAUUCUUAACGUCACAAAGGAGGAUGCUGGUGAAUACUCUGUAUUUAUUAGCAACUCGGCUGGUUCUGCUUACUCAGCCGCCAGAUUGGUUGUCAAAGAGCCUUAUGAGGAAGAAGAGACAAGAAAAGACAUUGAGCAGCUGGUACCUCCACGAUUCCUUGAAAGAUUUACCAACAAAAAAGUGAAGACAGGGGUCAGCAUUACCCUUUCUGUGAAAGUUGAAGGAAGCCCACCGCCCUCAGUGACGUGGUUGAAGGAAGAGUCUGAUGGAGAAGACAUCCUCUGGAUCAAGCCGGACACUCCAGGCUACAAACUGGCCAGUUCCAACAUGCACCACAGCCUUAUCUUGCUGGAUGUGAAAAAGGGAUACAACGGGAACUACACCUGCAUUGCCUCCAACCAGGCCGGCCAGUCGAUCUGCAGUGCAACGCUAGAAGUUGUAGAUGUGAAGGAAGCUGAAUCCCUGACCCAGGAGCGUGUGAUGGUGACCGAAGCUAUAAUGACGUCGCUUGGAUAUGAAGACAAGGACAGAAAGGAACGCGGGGUUGGGAUUUCAGUUCAAACAUCUGAAGCCCAAAAAGGAGAUGGAGAAGCUGCUCGGAGCCAUAUUUCACUUACGGAAGUUGGCACGGAGGAGUUCCUCCAGAAGCUGACCUCACAGAUCACAGAAAUGGUCUCUGCAAAGAUAAGUCAAGCCACACUUCGAGUGCCUGGAGCCGACAGCGAUGAUGAAUCCAAAACUCCAUCUCCAUCCCCACGACAUGGCAGGUCCAGGCCUUCAUCCACUGCUCAGGAGUCUUCCUCUGAGUCGGAUGAAGGGGAUGCCAGGGGAGAGAUCUUUGACAUCUACAUGGUCACGGCUGACUAUCUGCCCAUGGGAGCUGACCGUGAAACCAUCACGCUGAAGGAAGGGCAAUAUGUGGAGGUCCUGGAUUCUGCUCAUCCUCUGAAAUGGCUGGUGAGGACCAAACCCACCAAGUCCAGCCCAUCAAGACAAGGCUGGGUUUCUCCGGCCUAUCUGGACAAGAGGCUGAAGUUGUCUACAGAAUGGGGUGUUGCAGAGAUCCCUGAGUUCCCUGGUGAAUCUGUUUCAGAGGAUGAAUAUAAAAAGAAACUGAGCCCCAUCAUUCAGGAUUUGCUGAACUCCGAGGAGGAGUUUGUGAAGGACCUGCAGUUCCUCCAGACUCACCACAUCCAAUACACCGAGACCUGCCCCAACAUCCCUGCCGCAGUUUCCAGCCAGAAGCUCAUUAUCUUCAGAAAUGUCACUGACUUGACACACUUCCAUUCCAGCACUUUCUUCCCAGAGCUCCAGAAAUGCGACACGGAUGAUGACGUGGCAAUGUGUUUUAUCAAGAAUGAAGGGGAAUUUGACAAAUACAUCCAGUAUUUGGUGGGCCGUGUACAGGCAGAGUCAAUUGUGGUCAGUAAAGCAGUCCAAGACUUCUAUAAGCGCUACACAGAGGGGACAUUAUCCAGUGAGGAUCCUUCCCAGCCACCUAUUUUACCUCUGCAACACUAUCUAGAGAGACCGAUCAACAGGAUCCAGAAGUAUCAAACAGUUAUCAAGGAGCUCAUCCGAAACAAAGCAAGGAAUAGCCAGAACUGUGCGCUGCUGGAGCAGGCAUAUGCGAUUGUGUCCGCACUUACGAGACGAGCAGAAAACAACCUCCAUGUGUCUCUGAUUGAGAACUAUCCAGGAACCUUAGAAAUCUUAGGGGAGCCCAUCCGACAGGGACAAUUCAUUGUAUGGGAAGGGGCCCCUGGAGCCCGAAUGGCAUGGAAGGGCCACAAGCGCCACGUCUUCCUCUUUAAGAAUUACCUCCUGGUGUGCAAACCCAAACGAGACACCAAGACGGACACUUACAGUUACAUCUUCAAGAACAUGAUGAAGCUAACAAAUAUAGAUGUGAAUGAUCUGGUGGAAGGGGAUGACCGGGCGUUUGAGAUCUGGCAUGAGCGGGAAGACGCCGUCCGCAAGUAUCUAUUCCAAGCCAGAACGGUCAUCAUCAAGAAUUCCUGGGUGAAGGAAAUCUGUGGGAUCCAGCAGCGCAUCAGCCUCCCCGUUUGGGAUCCACCAGAUUUUGAGGAGGAACUGGCUGACUGUACAGCUGAGGUUGGAGAAACGGUCAAGUUGGCCUGCCGGGUUACUGGAACACCCAAGCCAACAGUUACAUGGUAUAAAGAUGGUAAGCCUGUGGAGGUGGAUCCCCAUCACAUCAUCAUUGAAGAUCUCGAUGGCUCCUGCACUUUGAUCCUUGACAACCUCACAGGCAUUGAUUCGGGGCAAUACAUGUGCUAUGCUUCUAGCCCAGCUGGCAGUGCCAGCACCUUAGGGAAGAUCCUUGUUCAAGUCCCUCCCAGAUUUGUCAACAAGGUCAAACAUGCCUACUAUGCUGAUGGCGAAGAUGCACAGUUUACUUGCACCAUUGAAGGAGCACCGUAUCCACAGAUCAGGUGGUAUAAAGAUGGAAGCCCAUUGACCGACCCAAAUAAACACCAGAGUUUCAGUGAGCCACGGAGUGGCGUGAUCGUUCUGGUGAUCAAAAAUGCCUGUAAAGAUGACAUGGGAGUCUAUGAAUGUGAGCUGGUGAACAGGUUAGGGACAGCAAAGAGUGGCGCCCAGCUCUACCAUCAGAGUGCGGCAGCAUUGGCCCAGGAGAGGAGACCAGAUCAAACCAUUACAAUUGAAGCCCAAAAGCAGGAACCUACUGCUGAAACGACAGACAAGGGUGAAAAAAGUCAAGUCCUUGCUCAAAAAGACACAAUUGUCCAGGAUGAUGGGAUUUGUGAAGCGACCACUCCCAUUGCAAGAACUCCCCAAACAAUGGAUGGAGCAGAAGAGCGCAGUGGUGAUGAAGUGGAUAUCCUGGAGAGAGAGAGACAAUUUUAUAUGGAGACCAUUGAGAAAACAUGCGUCCCCAAAAUGGCAGAGGAAGUUGCAGCAAGCCCACCGUACAUGCAAGUGACGAUUGAGGAUGAACAAGUUCGUUGCGGGGAGAUGGCAAAGUUUCAUGCCAUAAUUGAAGGAGAUCCAAUAGUUUUGUGGUUCAAGGGCAUUUCAUUAUUGAUAGACAGUGAAAGGAUUCGUCAGUUCAAUGAAGGCACCAGAUACUCCUUGAUUCUUUACAACACCAGGCCAGAAGACGGGGGUGUCUAUACUCUCAUUGCCAAAAAUUCAGCAGGGGAGGUCUUAUGCAAAGCGGAACUGGUGGUUCAAGAAGACAAGAAAAGUCAAGAAGCAAAGAAAGAAAGUACAAGAAGAAAGCUUCAUGCCUUUUAUGAGGUCAAGCAGGAAAUAGGAAGGGGUUCCUUUGGCUUUAUCAAGAGGGUUGUCCACAAAGAAAACCGAGUGCCGUGUGCAGCCAAGUUUAUACCCCUGCGAAGCAAAAGAAGGGAACAGGCUUAUCGGGAGAGGGACAUUCUGGCCUCCCUGUCCCACGAGAGGAUCAUUCAGCUUCUGGAUCAGUUUGAAACACGGAAGACUUUAAUCCUUAUUUUGGAGCUCUGCUCCAGUGAAGAGCUUCUGGAAAGAUUGUUCAAGAAGAAUGUGGUGACGGAAGCAGAGGUGAAGAUAUAUAUCAAACAACUUUUGGAAGGGAUUGGCUAUCUCCAUGAAAAUCAAGUACUUCACUUGGAUAUUAAGCCCUCAAACAUCUUGAUGGUUUAUGAUGAUCGGGAUGACAUUAAGCUCUGUGAUUUUGGCUUUGCUCAGAAGAUCAACCCGGCUGAGCUUCAGUACAGCAAAUAUGGGUCUCCGGAGUUCGUCUCACCAGAAAUUCUCUCCCAGUCACCAGUGUCAAAAGCUUCUGAUAUCUGGCCUAUUGGAGUAAUUAGUUACUUAAGCUUGACAUGCAAGUCUCCAUUUGCUGGGGAAAAUGACAGAGCCACCCUCUUAAACAUUCAGAGUGGAAACAUUCCUUGGGAUAGUCCCGAUGUGGUUCAUCUGAGCAAAGAAGCCAAAGACUUUAUCAGAAAGAUAUUACAACCUUCUCCAGAGGCAAGACCUAGUGCAAUGGAGUGUCUUUCCCAUGCGUGGUUUCAGCACAACCUUCCACUUGAAGAAUCUCAUUUUAUCGAAACAAAGCAACUCAAAUUUUUCGUAUCUCGAAGCAAAUGGCAGCGUUCCCUUAUGAGUUACAAAUCUGUCCUGGUAAUGAGACCCAUCCCAGACAUUUUGGAGAAAACCCAUCAAAACACUUCUCUGGGCAUCUCCAGACACUUGGUGGAAGAUAGCAGUUCCUCUAGUACCAGUGGGUCAUCUUCCGACAAUGAAAUUGCAGUCUCACCGGGAAAAAGACACUUUGGUCCCACACCAGAACUUCACCUUUCUGUGUUUGAGGAAGCAAAUUUUCCAGAAUAUCAUCAGCCUUCAGAAACCUCACUGCCACUAGUCAAAGGUGGAGACCAAAUGCCAAGUCCAAUGGAGGUAUCUGAUUCUUCUCCAACUGGUUUGUUACUUCCAGAAGAAGGCAAACGAGAAGGAGCUGAAGCAGGACGGUCUCCGGGAUGUAUCCCUAGGCACAGUGUCAUAAAAAGUACUUUCUACAGCCAGCCAUCUGAAAGUCUUGCAAAUGUUCCCCCAUCACCAGGCAAAGAGCACAGAAAACAUUUAGAAAGAGCCAAAAGAUCAUAUAGGAAAGCAGGAUAUUCAAAAUCAGCUUUAAGUGGGUUGCGUGAACCUUUGCUAGAGCAGUUUGGAGAAGAAGGAGUUGAAGAGAUAUCUGGUGAUGAGGAAACUGAAAGGUCCAGGGAAGGGGGACCUCUGAUGAUCAAAUCAGCUUCUUUUGAUACAGCUCAAAAAUCACCACGAGUUGCCUUCCCAGUUACCAGCAGAAGUCGUUCUUUGGAUGAUUACCGAAUCAGAGCUGCAAGUUUUGCUGAGGAACAAUACAUCGAGGAAGAAGAAAGUGACCCAAUUCCCCAGGGUAGUCCCAUGGUGGUAUCUCAUCAGAGACAUGCUUCUGAAGGUGGCUUAAGAAAGACUUCUGCAGAAGAAGACAUAACAAAAACUAAAAAGGAUUAUCCCAAGGAGCAGCCACAACUUGGCAUGAAACAGAGCUCAGUUUUGAGCGCACAACAGCAAAAAGCAUCAAUUGCAACACAACUCCCUGGAAAAGGAGAGGGAUUACUUCAAGAAGCAAAGUUGCCUUCAUCCAUACAGAUGGAAAAGCCUGUUUCAGGAGGCGAAGGCCUAAUGCAUCAAGAAGAUAUAACCUCAGGGUUAGUCCACAAGCAGGAAGGUAAGGCCAAGCAGUUACUUCAGACACCUAAGGCUUCCAUUCCAAAACGAGAAAGCAAUGAUGGACAGUCUCUCCCAAUGGUCUCCCAUGACAGCAAAACGGGGAGAUACCUUCCUGAAGAGACAAAACUGACACCACAUAAGGAAGAAGGAGUUCCCCAAAAUAUAAGGCCUUCUCUUCUAAAGCCUUUGGAUAUUCAAGGGAAACAUCAAGUUGGGCUUCCUUCUGAUCAGGGCAAGAUGCAACAAGUCACUAUGGCAAAGGGCAAGAUCCUGAAAGUCCCAGAGACUGUGCAGGUGGUUGAAAGCCAUUCAGUACUAGACCAGAAGUCUUCAGUUUCCAUCAAAAUGAUACCUGGCAUGCCUGUCUCACAAGCAGAAGUGUCUGCUUCAUCAAUGCCUGGAAGGAAAGAACCUUCGGCUGUUGCAAAAUCAACAGUGUUAGAAGGGAAAGUCCCAGCUAGUUCUCAAGCAAAGUCUGCUCCAGGUUCUAUCUCAGAGAGCAAAAGCCAGAAACUGUUAUACCAAGCACCUGCCAUGCCCAGUAAGAUAAAAUUACCUGAUAUAAAAGGUCAGGUCCCUUUCGGUAUAGAGACAGUGCCUGUUCACAUAUCUGGGGAAGAAAGCCAACCAAUUUCACAGCAGAAACCUGCUAUUUACAGUGGGGUGGUUUCUGGUGUCCUCCAAAGUAUACCUUCAUUUUCUCAAGGUGCUUUCCAAGCCCCAAUCUCCUCUGUAGGAAUGGCUCAUGAAGAAAAGAGCUCAUCUGCAAAGCCUUCCAUUUACAGAGAAGCAAUUCCUGUUCCUAGUGAAGUUAGAAGUCUCCUUCAAGAAGGAGAAAGCAUCUAUAGAUUGAUGCCAAGGGGCCAAGGGGCAUCAGCUUCAGGCUUCUCUCAUGAAGGUCCAUCUCAGAAACACUCGGUUUACAGUGACAGAGAAGCUGAAACUCUGGACUAUCUAGUAGAUGAAAUGGUUUGCUUGUCAGAAGAGAUGACUGCUUUGGCAGAGUCAGUUUCUGAACAAGAAGGAUUUGAGAGGCAUGUCUCUCCUUCAAGAGGCAUGAGGCACAUCUCUCCACCAAGGGAGAUGUUCUUCCAAGGCUCUCCUGGGCAACAUGGAAGAGGAACAGCCAGGUAUCUUGUGCGCCGAGGGAAAAGAGAAGGGGGCAUUGGAUUAGCAGAUCCCUCAGAAGUAGACAUUGUUUAUCCUGGAGAAGAAGAUCUUUUCAUGACCAAAAAAGCAAGGAUGUCUCCCUCUUAUGUAGGCCAUGCCUUGGAUUAUGGAGGUGCAGAAAUGCCGAUGGACUCUCAGCUUGCUAGUUCUGAUUUUUGGGACAAAUUCUAUUAUGCAGGCAGUCAAGGAAGCGGCCAGAUGUACAACCGGAUGUAUGAGAUUGCUUUGGUGCAGAUCCAGGAUCUCUCAGAAGAUAUGCCCCAUCCCGACAGCAAGACAGGGAAGUUUGACAUCUAUGAGGUGGAGCCUGCUUUCCUCAAUCUCUAUGAACUCUAUGACAUUGUCUACUUCCCAUUUGAGUUCCUCAGCUUUAGGAAAUCCCCUGAGAAGUUACCCAGGAAAAGGCGUUUCCCUUUGGGAAGGCUACAACCUGGGAUACAAGCUCAUGUGCAUCAAGAGAAAAAAAUAUGUGUCAGGGAAGACAACCUUCAAGGAGAAGCUACAAUAAGGGAAGUGUACAAAGAUGAAGAGAAAACGGCAUCUACCCCUGAGUUGGAGACAGUAUCAAAACAAACUCAAGCACACAUGAUAGGGAAAAGGUCUGAUUCAGAAGGAGAUAUCCCCAUUGAGUCCCAACAGAUUUAUGUCCUCUCAGAAGAUCCAACAGGGAAGAGAAGGAGCUCUCUCCAGAGCAGAUUGGGACGCUUCAAACCUUUUGUCAGGUCUCAAUCCAUGGAACUGGUAGAGCAAAGCCUGAAGAAAAAGAUGAAAGCCUCAGUUGCCCACCUUUCCAGAAUGUUGACAAGAAAAUCCUCUUCUGAUGAGGAAAGUAGGGCAGACUCCGAAGAGCGGAAGAGCGAGGGACAGGAGCGGGUGUCCUUGCCAGAGUCUCCUGGAAGUGCAAAGAGGAGGCUCGCUUUCCCUUCAUUCACUCUGCCAAGCCUCAAGAUGAAGGAGAAAGCUCCAUCUUUUGUGGAAGAGCUUACUGACCAGACCAUUUCCUUGGGUCAGUCUUUAACACUCUCUUGCCGGACAUCAUCCCGUUCGUCUCCUCGUACUGAGUGGUUCAAAGAUGGAGCAGCCCUUCGCAGCACGGACCGGAUCCUAAUCUCAUCUACGCUCAAACAUUACCAGCUUUUAACUAUAUUAGCAGCUACAAGAGAAGAUUUCGGCACUUACACCUGUGUGGCCACCAACUCCCAGGGCACCAUUUCUACCUCCUGUGUAAUAAGGAGAGCAGAGGCACCUUCCAACCCACCAGCUCCUGAUAUUGUUGAUGUCCUUGAAGAUGGAGUGCAGCUGGCUUGGGAGCCGGUGGACAUGAAAACCUCAGUGACCUACUCUGUUUUGUGCAAAAAGGAUGAUGGAGAGUGGAAGACUUUGGCCAGCGACAUCUCAGACUGCUGCUAUACCGUCGAACAUCUCCCCGAGGGCUUGGUCUACUCCUUCCGGAUUGCCUGCGUCACCAAAGCCGGCGUGGGUCCCUACAGCAACCCAACGGCCAAAGUGAAAAUUGGCGAAAGGGAUCAAGAAGCAUUCCAGGCUCAAGAGGCAGCGGACGACAAAAUGACUGCUCCAGCUCAGCCAACCCACCAGACCUAUGCCUUCCAGACAGAGAUUAAAAGAGGCCGCUUCAGCAUUACCAAACAGUGCCGAGAAAAGCUCAGCGGGAACCCCUUGGCUGCCAAAAUCAUCCCUUACAGGCAAGAAAACAAGGAGGCUGUGCUCAUGGAGUAUCACAUUCUGCGGAAACUUCACCACACCAACAUCGGGCAGUUGCAAGGGGCUUAUGUGAGCCCAAGGCACUUGGUGCUGAUCAUGGAGCUCUGCGUUGGGCCCGAACUCCUGAAUGCCUUGGCUGGAAGGUCAUCCUAUUCAGAGGUGGAAGUCAGAGACUAUCUCUGGCAGAUUCUCAGUGCAGUCGAGUAUCUCCAUGCUCAGAAUAUCCUGCACUUGGACCUAAGGUCUGAAAAUAUGAUUAUCACUGAGCCGAAUCUGCUUAAAAUCCUCGACUUUGGCAAUGCCCAGUUCUACACACCAGACCGAGUCAUUACCUUGGAUGGGUGUACCGACUAUGUGGAAACUAUGGCUUCAGAACUUCUCUCAGACAAAGGAGCUGUCCCUCAAACCGACAUCUGGUCUGUUGGUGUUACAGCUUUUAUCAUGUUAAGUGCCGAGUACCCCAUCCAUUCUGAGGCUGCCUGCGACUUUGGGAGACUCGUCAAACGAGAGAAAGUCAAGCUGAACAAAUGCUAUGCUGGCCUUUCUGGAGGUGCGGUCUCAUUCCUCCAAAGCACACUUUCCUCUAAUCCAUGGAGGCGGCCAACAGCAUCUGAAUGCCUCCAGUCUCCGUGGCUGCAAGAGACAGGCCUGGAUGAGAGGCAGCAGGCCACAGUGUCUUUCUCCACUACCAAGCUGAGGAAUUUUAUGGCUGAACGGGAAAGAAAAAGAGCUCUGCUAUGCUCAAAGUACGGUGUCAUGGCUGUGUAGUAAAGGAUGGGCAAACUUGAAUUCAAAGACAAGGCUAUAUUCAUUUGGAAUAUCAGUAUGCAAAGGGAUGUUGUAGAAUUUUGGAGACUAACUGAGAGAAAGAAGUUGUAACGUAAGCGUAGUCCACGUUCCCAGAUGCAUGGAGACCAUCUUGAUAACUCUCAGGCUCCUGUUUAUCCUCCCUUUACAAAUGCCCACUCAAAAGAUUUGAUACCUGCUGUUUAAUAAUUCUUGAUUGUUUUUUUCAUGUCAAGAGCGACUUGAGAAACUGCAAGUUGCUUCUGGUGUGAGAGAGUUGGCCGUCUGCAAGAACGUUGUCCAGGGGACGCCUGGAUGUUUUGAUGUUUUUACCAUCCUUGUGGGAGGCUUCUCUCAUAUCCCUGCAUGGGGAGCUGGAGCUGAUAGAGGGAACUCAUCCAUGCUCUCCCCAGGUUGGAUUCAAACUGGCAACUUUCAGGUCAACAAUCCAACCUUCAAGUCAGCACUCCUGCUGGCACAAGGGUUUAACCUGCUGCACCAUAAUGCUCCCUUUUUUGAUACUGCAAUGGGCAAGCUCUUCUAACCCAAGUUAGCACCUUGCUUGCCUCUUUAGAUAGGUCCAGUUGCAAUAGCCACUGUAUCUUGAUUAAGGGGUAGAUGUCACUUCAUAGUUCCUGGACUCGUCUAUUUUAUUCUGCAAUGCUUUCUUUCUGAAAUUAUCAUAAUAGACAACUGUUAGAUUGACACAAUAAGUCAGCAAGAGACAAAGCGCCCCAACGUAUUGGCAUAGUUAGGUGUGCCACUAAUGGUAAGCUUGGUUUCUUCUUAAUGGAGAUUCUGUGAUAAGGUUUUCUUGGCUGAGUAAACUUUUCAAACCCAAACUAUCUAAAAAUGCCCUUUCUGCCAUUGGUACUGACUCACUGUUGUCUAGAUAUACAAGAAAGAUGCAUCUUCACAUGCAGUGGAGUCUCUGUCCUUCUGCAAAGUUGUCCAUUAGGUCUAAGAAAGUAUAUGAGAAUCAUGCAUUGCUUUGUGAUCCCAUGGCUGGAGAUUCAAAAGCAUCAUUUCCAUAUGAUGAAGAGAUUUGUCCAUGUAGGAGAAUCUUUCAUAGUCUUACGUAAUAGUGUUUGUUGUUGCGGUGUGCCUUCAAGUCCUUUCCAACUUAUAGCAACCCUAAGGCGAACCUCGCAGGGUGUGUUCUUGGCAAGAUAGGCUCAGAAGGAGUUUGCAUUUGCCUUCCUCUGUGGCCGAGAGAGUGUGACUUAUCCAAUGAGUUUCCAAGCCUGAGUAAGGACUCCAACCCUGGUCUACAGAGUCAUAGUCCAACACUCAAAGCACUACACUAAACCGGUCUCCUCCUUGUGUAUUUGGGUUUCAUUCUGCUUUAAAACACAUGUAAUCUGAUAGGACAGGAUGCUGAUGUGUAUUGGUGUGCAGCUCAACAAUAUCUAGAGAGAUUCAACUCUGGUUUGAAGGAAGUUUAUCUGGACUGGAAAAGAAAGAUUGUUGAGCUUGGAUUUUGACUGUCUGGAUAAAUAAGAAAUUUAGUUUUUUUACCAGACAUAUUCACAACAAAGUAACUACCUGGAUUUAACAGACGGCACUCUAAAAGAUGCCAUUUUUUAAAAAAGUUUGAGGUUUUAUUGGAAAUAUGGAGAGAGAAACCAUAAGAGGGAAUGUUAUUUAUUUAAAUGUAAAGUUUUGCUUUGAAUUAUCCUGCUAGUACUAGCAAAAGUUUCCCAUAAUGCAGAAUUGUUUGCCUGAUUUCUGUUGCUAGUCCUGUCAAAAGUGGAUCCAUUGACUCAAUGCUAUUUAUCUAAGGCCCUUUCCACACAGCUGUAGAAAAUCCACAUUGAACAGAUUAUAUGGCAGUGUGGACUCAGAUAACCCAGUUCAAAGCAGAUAUUGGGGUUGUCGGCCUUGAUAUUCUGGGAUUCAUGGCUGUAUGGAAGGGCCCUAAGUAAAUCGAAUGGGCCUAAACUAGUUGAGUUUUUUUUCUGUGUCAGGAGCGACUUGAGAAACUGCAAGUCCCUUCGGUGUGAGAGAAUUGGCUGUCUGUAAAGAUAUUGUCCAGAGGACACCCAGAUGUUUGAUGUUUUGCCAUCCUUGUGGGAGACUACUCUUAUGUCCCCGCAUGGGGGGCUGGAGCUGACAGAGGGAGCUCACCCACUCUACCUGGAUUCGAACCCCCAAUCUGUCAGUCAGCAGUCCUGCCAGCACAAGGAUUUAACCCAUUGCACCACUGGUGGCUCCUAGUUGAGAUUAACAAACACGAUUCUAACCAUUAUUUUGAUUUUAAUGUUAGCCUCAAGCCUGUUAGUAUAUUUUAUUCUGUAUAUGAUGUGAAAGCCUUUGUUCCUUGGUUUGCAUGCAUUUUAAAAAGCACAGCAAGAGAUAUUUAUGAACACAGUGUUGUUUUGUUAAAUAAAUUAUUUUAAUAAAGAUUUUAUGCCAGAA